UAGGGUUCGAUGUCCAUGUCAAUCAGCUCGAGAAGCUUGCCACCAACAUCGAUGGCGGAAUCCAUUUGCAGAGCUCUCCGGGACGGCGCGUUGGAAGGCGAGCACGCGCCGGCUCUCACCAUCAAGGACUCGAUCGGCUCGCCGCUCGGUUCCGACGUCUUCGCCCACGUCCUCGGUCAGCUCUCCUCCCACAUUUUGGCGGGAAAGUCUCAGUCAAGAGGGCUCGUGCUGGUCGCUUUCAACCGGAGCCCAUCUUUUUAUGUGAAUUUGCUGAAGGAAAGAGGUCUUGAAGUUAACUCGUCUCGGAAAUGGAUUCAGAUAUUGGAUUGUUAUUCGGAUCCCCAUGGUUGGAAGGAUCGCAUUGUGGGGCGAGGAAAAGUGAAUGAUGUUACGAAGGAAGCUUCCGGUGUGUCCACUCUUUGUAAGGAUGUGAAGGACAUGGAUAAGCUGUGUUCUUUAGCUGUUGAACUGGGGAAAGGCUUGAUUGGAGAAGGGAAAGGUCGUUUCUCUUUUGCAUUGGACUCGGUGAAUGAGAUGUUGAGGUAUGCAUCUGUACGCUCAGUUGCACGUGUUCUCAGCGACCUUCGGAGCCAUGAUCUGGCUUCCUGUGUCUUCUGGUUGUUGCACUCAGACCUUCUUGAAGACAAGGUUGCUGCUGUUUUUGAUUACAUGUCCUCUAUGGUGGCCAGCAUAGAAUCUGCAAUUCCAGCUUCCAAUGGACUGAGGAUCUCCUUGGAAAAUUUAUCUCUGACGGAACAGAAUUUUAGAAAGGCAAAGUUUUUUGUCCGUUUUAAGCGACGGAAUGGUCGUGUGCGGCUGAUGAGUGAAGAAAUUACUAUUGAAAGGUCUGGCAUCGCUUUUUCAUCUGUUUCAACUGAUGGUGGAACAAUGGGUGGAAGCAUUUUGCCAAAGGUGCAAUUUAAUCUACAACUGUCAGAGAAGGAGCAGAUGGAUAGAGCAAAGGUCAUACUUCCAUUCGAACACCAAGGAAAUGGAAAACCGAUUGAGAUAUAUGAUGGCCGGAGAUCUCUUGCGGACAAAAAUAAUGAGGCGGCCGGAACAAUGCAGAUGACAGAUUCUAGCAAGGGCGAGAUAAUUUAUCUUCGGGAUUCUGAUGAUGAGAGACCAGAUUCCGAUGAGGACCCUGACGAUGAUUUAGAUAUAUGAUUAUCUUACCUGCAAUAGCACUUUUGAUACUUCAGGAGCGACAACCUGCCCCUCGGUGAUUUUUUCAGUAUGGAGUCAUGACUGGAUUACCAUUGAUUGACAGUUUGUCUUCAAUGCUAUUGCUGCUAUCAUAUCAUCGAUGUGGCCAACAAUUACAGCAGUGGUGGAAUAUUUUGACUUCUCCAGAUAGGAGGUUCUUUUGGCGGUAUGGAUUUUCAUUGGCUCCAGAAUACAUCAUGGAAGUCACUUGAAGUGGUAAUUGAGUGUGAGUUCUUAAGAAGAGAAGAUGUCAUGAGAGCUUUUGUGUACAAGUGUUGGUAACUUUUAGGAAACUUAGCUUGUUUUUGUAUAGAGAAUCUUGGGGCUUGAACUUCAUUAGAUGACCAUCAAAGGUCACGAAAUCAAAGACUGCAGGGAGUCGGAUAUUAAAUUCUUGGAUAAGUACAACUUUGUCUAUGCUUCAACGUUGUUUUGGUAGUGGAAAAUGGAGAUUGCCCAAGAAACUAGCCAGCAAAUGGGUUGUAAUGGCAAGAAUAUUUAGCCAACAUAUUGUUCUUUAUUGCCAUUAUCUAGAAAUUACUCUUUACCUCUUA